AGAAGCGUGAACUUAUCCAUUAAAACCAUUAUAAAACUGGUGGGCCAAAACUCAAAAUAAUUAUAGACUUUGAUUCCUUCAGAGCAGUUGAAUUUCAAUUCAUUUCAAUCACGAAGAAGAAGAAGAAGAAGAAGAAGAUCUGAAACUUGAAAUUGUCGAUUCAUUUUCAAUGGCGUCAAGGAGAGGCUUAGGAUUCGGAUUUGGUUUUCACUCCAAACCUAACUACAUCUAUCCGGCGUCGGACACAGUUCGCCGUCCUGAAUCUUCUGCCGAUAACCUCUUCGAAUUCGACGAGUCGGAUAUCUGGACCUCCGGUCCAACUCCGCCGUCGGAAUCGAGGAAGAUCUUUCCGAUCUCGAAGAAACUUCCGAAGAGGAGUGGCCCUGCGACGGCGGCGGAGAAGUCGGUGAAGGCGUCUUCGUCAUUGCCAGUUAACAUUCCGGACUGGUCGAAGAUUCUGCAGAAGGAUCAGAACAAGCACGGCCGGAGAGAAGUAGCGGAGGAGGAUUUCGAUGACAGCGACGACGAUGAUGACGACAUUCGGCGGGCGCCGCCGCACGAGUAUUUGGCGCGACGGCGAGGUGAUUCGUUUUCGGUUCACGAAGGGAUCGGAAGAACGCUGAAGGGCAGAGAUUUGAGAAUGGUGAGAAAUGCAAUUUGGGAAAAAACUGGGUUCGAAGAUUAAUUUAAAUUAAAUUUUAGCUAGCCCCCCGAAAAUAAAAACUACCACAUAAUCAGUACCGGAAAUUAUACUUAGAAUAAUGAUUAGAGAAUUUUGAUGAAGUAAAUUAAUGUAAUUUUCCAUAAAUUUUCUCUCUUUUCUUUCUUCUUUUUUGUUAUGUUCAAAAUGUUCUUGUGAUUAUCUAUAUCGGAAACAGUGAAUUUUUUGUGAUUAUA